AUGCUAGGAUGCAGCCUGCAGAAUAAAGAGAUUGAUGUGUCGGGGCGGAUGUCGUUGUUGGACACAAUAGAACUACAGGGUAUCCGCAGUGUCGGAGUGGGGCCUCAAAAUGCUAAUGUCAUUGAAUUUCUGUCUCCGUUAACCAUUAUUUGUGGGCCUAAUGGUGCUGGAAAGACAACAAUCAUUGAAGCACUUAAAUAUGUCACAACUGGCGAGUUACCGAAAGGAAGCUUCCAAACAUUUAUCCACGAUAUACGAUUGGCUGAUAGAUCUCGAGUGGAUGCAUCAGUGAAGCUCAAAUUUAGAGAUAUCAGAGGGAGAUCUUGUGUCGUGACUCGUCGUAUAAUGCAGUCCAAGGGUGCUAAGGGUAAAAUAACAAAUAAAUCAGAAGAGAGUACGAUUGCAAUCGAGAAGGAGUCCGGCGAGUGGAAAAGCUUAUCGUCAAAAGUCGUUGACUGUAAGAAAGAGAUUUUAAACCUUCUUGGCUUGCCCGCAGCAAUUUUGGAAUAUGUGGUCUUCUGUCACCAGGAAGAAUCGUCAUGGCCGCUUGAUGAACCGAAAAAACUGAAAGAACGCUUUGAUGAGAUUUUUCAAGUGACUGGUUAUGUAAAAGCAGUUGAAGUUCUGAGGAAGGAAUUCAAAGAAAAUCAACAAGAACUGAGGAUUACUGAAGGCAGGCUACCACUUCUGAUUAGGCAGCAAGAAGAAAAGAUUGAGUUGCACAAUGAAUACAUCAUCCUGAAAGAACAAGUAGCAAAAAAUGAGAAAGAGAUUUUGCUAAAUCAAUCAGUACUCAAGGAAAAUACUGCCAAGAAGAACUUAAAAGUUGCAGAACUUGAUAAAGCAGAAAUGUUAAGGAGGAAGCACGAUAUGAUGAAAGCGGAAAAGCAAAUACUUGUCGAUCAAGUUGAAUGCUGCUCGGCAUUGGAUUACGAAGGAGGAAUCGAAAAUUUAAAACGUGAAAUUGAGUCGAUUACUCAUUCUGAUGAGUUUGAAGAUAUGGAACGGAAUCGUAAACGAAUCAGUGCUGAGAUUGAUGAACUUAAUGAGGAAAUUAAAGAGUAUGUAGCAAAGAAAAAAGAGAUCGACAAAGCAAUUGUGCACUUGAAAAGUAUUCAAAUGAUGCGUGAUAAAAUGACUGCAGAAAGGAAGCAGUGCUUACAAACCUGUUGGUCACGAUUUAAUUUAAGAAAUGAACAGAUGGAAACUCCGAAACAGUUGUAUCAUUUGAUUGAAAAGCGGAAAGAAGAUAUCAGCAAUUUUAAGAAUGAAAUGGAAGAAAAACAAACAAACUGCCAGAAAGAAAUUGAUAGCAUUUCCGGAAUUUUAGCUCAACUUACAGCAAAAAUAGAAUUGACGAAUGAAGAACGUAAACGACUUGAUGAAGAUAUUACUGUAAUAAAGUGCAAUUUAAUGGAAGCAUCUACUUCAUCUCAGAAGCUUGAUCGUUUGCAAGACGAAAUAUUGGAGCAAGAAAAAGAACUAGAAGUAAUGCGAGAAAACGAAGCACUGGGAAAUACUGUUGAGAAUUUAAGAAAUGAAAGGAACAGCAUUACAAACAAGAUAGAAUUGCUCAAGAAAGAAUAUUGUGUGAGAGAAAAUGUUGAAGAAAUUGAGAAUAAAAUCAAGCAAAGAAGUGGUGAAUUAGCGAAAUUCGAGAAAGAACUCUGCGCACUAAAGAACAAGCAUCAAAUUGCAUUACUGGAAAUAUUCAGCACCGAUGAACCUGAAUUCCCUCUUAGUGAGCGACUCAUCAUUUAUGCUCGAAACACACAAAAUAAUUUGUCAACAGCUGAAGAUGAAUUCAAAAUUCGUGAAAAGGAGGUAUCGCGAGCUCAGUUUGCUUUGUCACAAGUUAGUCGAGAACUGGAUCAAUUGUCUGACCGAAUUGCAUCCUGCAGGCGAAAGAUAACAAAGGUAGUUACUCAUGAAGAUGAAGUAGAACCGCGUUUGAAUGAAAUCAGAACACUUCUUAGGAAAUCACAACAGGAUUCAGGACGUAUCAAUGGUUGUGUGUUCUUAUAUGAACAAUGGGAGGAAAUAGUCAAUAUGAGGAAAUGUUGCCCGCUUUGUGAACAAUCGUACAGCGGUAUAGAGAAUUCUAAUGUUCUUAAAGAAAAGAUAAGGCAAAGGAAAGAAGGUUUUAAUAAAGAUGCUGAAAAACUGAUCCGUAAAGUAAAGGAUUAUGAAGCAAUGCAAAAUGAACUUUUAGAAAUUGUACCUUAUGUUAGGAUGUUGAAACAAUCAAAUAGUGAGAAAGAAGGAUUGCAAGAAAACUUUAAAAAGGCAGAAGAGAAACUGCGUGAUGUGGAAGUAGAAUUUGCGAAGUCGAAAUCUGAAAGAGACAUCAUUUUGCAAAAGCUAAAUGUGAUUCGCAGUGUUCAGAUUGAUAUAUCUUUGAUGGAUAACAUUUGGAAGUCAUUAUCAGAUGCGAAACACGAUAUAAAAUUGCUGAAAACAGAAGUAGACGCUUCGGAAUGUACGAAACAGUCACUUGACGAUAUGAGAAUCGAAAUAAGAGAGAACGAGAAGCGAUUCACAGAAUUGAUUAAUAGGAUUGAUAUGAUCCAGGCAGCAGCUUCUGAAAGAAGCAAACUUGUUGAAAAGUUAAAUGCAUCAAAAGAGCUUCGAACCGCUCUGUGUGAAAAAAUAGUGCAGUUUGAUUCUAUAAAAAAGUCACUGGAAAUAAAAGAGAAGGAACUGGAAAAAAAUAAGCAAAAUUUGCAGAAACUGAAGGAACAAAAACCAGUUGUUGAAGCGGAAUUACAAAUGAAGAAAGAGCAGCGAUUUAUUAUACAAAAUGAAACGAAAAAUAAGGAAGCAGAACUGUUAUGUUUGUUACGAGAUGCAGAAGAUGCUGCCAAAGAAUUAGAGAUGAUAGAUAAGAAACUGCAAGAUGCUGUUGAUAGUACUGCUGAUUUGAAGAAUCGAGAAAAGGAUUUGUUAAAAAUAGAUACCGAAAUUGGUGCAAGCAAUGCCAAAAUGCGUCAUUUGACGGGACAAAUUGAUUGCUUGAAUUCAAAACAAGAGCAUAAACAUCGAUUGGAUGACCAACUUCGGAAGUUGGAAUUGCAAGAACGAAUCAAAAGUUUAGAUAAGAGCUUAGAAGAAACAGAAUGGUAUGGUAAAGCAAUCCCAGAAUUGAAGGAAGAAUUGAGCUCACUUUCGAAUCAAGUCAAUGAUUUACAGUUGAUGAUCGAGAAUAAAAGAGUAAUUUUGUAUUUCCGGUGA